AGGGCAGCUGAUAUAGAGAUGCACAGUCAACGGAGCUCAUUGAGGCUCGCUACAAGUUUGAUGCGGGCCAAUGCGCAAAUCAGGAUGAAUGCGACCCAAUCAACCGGGACUGCAAGUGCAAAGCUGUCCGACAAUCCCUCGGAUGCAGAGGUGAAGCAGCUACCAGAACACACUAAGCUUCCUUGGAACGACUAUCUCCACCUUCGCAAGCAAAGACAUCGAGCGGAACUGGUCGCUUCUGUUCCAUCCGCUUUCUUUGGACUUGUUGGUGGAUUUUCAUACUUUGCUACCCUCGAGAUUGAUCCAUCGCAAUUGGUACUUGGGCUAGAUCCUCUGCUCGUAUAUGGAGGUGCGACAGUUGGAUGCGGGGCGCUUGGCUGGCUUCUAGGUCCCACGUUUGGCGCUGCCGGCUGGAAGUUAGUGCAUCGCAAGAAGCAAAGUCUGAUUGAAGAACGAGAGAGAGAAUUUUACCAGCACAUCAAGCGGGUACGCCCGUCGCCUGCAAAGCAGAGCUUUAGCAAUCCGCUCCCAGAUUUCUACUGCGAAAAGGUUGGAAGUCUCCACGAGUACCGUCGCUGGCUGCGUGACAUUCGCAUUUUCAAGAGAAAAUCAGAGUACAAUCUCUAG